UGUGGAGGAAGGAUAGACUUUUACCAGUAGACAAUUGGGUAAAAAGCUGUCAAUCUGUUACCGCCCCAAAACACCGGAAUUACGAGAUGGGACAACGCAGACUGUAUCUCAACUAAAAAGACAAAGGAUAAACAGCAACAUUUGCCAGAUACACAGCCCCGAUGGCAGGGCGCCCAUCCCGACCCAGUGGCCAGCCCCAGUCCAGUAAGGUGAGCCAGUUUAAAUUGGUUCUACUGGGGGAGACAUCAGUGGGGAAGUCCAGCCUGCUGCUGCAGUUUGUCAAAGGCCAGUACCAGGACUUCGGGGAGAGCACCAUUGGGGCGGCCUUUCUGACUCAGAUGGUGAGUGUGGACAGUGCCAUGGUGAAGUUUGAGAUCUGGGACACGGCUGGUCAGGAACGCUACCACAGCCUGGCACCUAUGUACUACAGAGGAGCUCAGGCAGCCAUAGUGGUCUAUGACAUUACCAACACAGAGACCUUUGUACGAGCCAAAGCCUGGGUGAGCGAGCUCCAGAAACAGGCCAGUACAAACAUGGUGAUAGCCUUAGCGGGCAACAAAGCCGAUUGGUCUGCUAACAGAGCGGUGGAGUAUACGGAUGGUCAGGGUUAUGCUGCUGACAACAGUCUUCUCUUUAUGGAGACCUCUGCCAAGACAGCCAUGAAUGUCAACAACCUCUUCCUGGCCAUAGCCAAGAAACUGCCCAAGAGUGAGCCACUAGGUGGAGUAGCUGGCAGUGCUGGGGUUCGAGGAGGACCUCCAGUGGACCUCAGACAGCCUACCCAGACCAGCCCUGCCCAGUGCUGUGGAAACUGAGGAAGGAUGGGGGAGAAGAGAAGCAAGCUCACAUCUGAGGGAGGAGGGAAGUUUAAAGAGAUUUUCCAGAGAAAAGAAAGGAGUGUAAAAGAGAGAAGUGUAGCAUGCAAAUGAGUUAAAGGAAUGAUAAGGGACAAAUAUGAGUGUACAAAACAUUAGGACCUCCUUCCUAAUAUUGAGUUGCACCCAAGCUAUGUCAUGGAAAGAGCAGGUGUUCUUAAUAUUUUGUAUACUCAGUGUAUGUAGAUCAAUGGGAGAAAAACACACACUACAAUAAGAUUAACUUCUCUUAAAGUUAUCACUUCCCUACAUGUUUUUGUCAACUCGGCACUACUGGACAGCCAGAUAAAUACACUUACUGUAUGGUCUGUACCUUUCCACAUUUUUGUGGGUUUAUUUGAUAUUAUGAAAAUAAAUUAAAUGAUGUUGAUAUACAGA